AACCAGAACAACCUGUCCAACACUGUUGUAUUCAACCUCAAGACGACAUCAUGUACAAGCGCAUACCGUUGCAAAUUGCCUUUGUGGCCUUCCCCAACCCUGACACUGCAGCGUUUACAGCUGGAGAUUUAGCCCUGACACUGUUGGAACGAGACAUUUCCUGUUCGAACAUUCUCAUCAUCACCAAGAACACAAACUCCCAGGUUGACAUUUCGGAAUUUGGAAAAAAUGGUCCACUCAAGGGUUUGAUUGCCGGAAGCUACGGAGGCACCAUUGUGGGGGCUUCUAUUGGCGGCAUUGCACUGUCGCUUCUGGGACCCUUUGGUAUUGCCAUUGGGGGUGGCUUGGGGGCGCUUGCCGGUGCCACGGUGGGGGCUGUGGGCGGCACCAUUGGUGGUACGGCCAAGGCACUCAUGGCCAGGAGUGUGGACAAGAAACGGAUUCAAUCCUUUGCUUCCUGUCUGGAACCAGAAUCGUCCGCUCUUGUGGCAAUCUUUGGAGAAGUGUGAUUAAGCAUUCAGAAUUGCACGA